AUGCGAAGUGUCGGCCCACGUCCUUUCGCGAAGCUAACUUUCGGCAUCUGGUUGCUUUGGAGUAUACCGGGAGUUAGCGGAGAGAUAUUCGAACGAACGUUUUCCAGCAGCGAAUCGAAGACAUUUAACAACCUGCAUUCCAGCAACAAUACCGAACGUUGGCCUGAAACCGCUCUCGGCACCAAGGUCCACGAGCCGCGCUCGUCUGUCCCGACGGAAGCUGACAAAAUCGUUCUUGGAGAGCGUUCAAGCGCACGAGAAAGCGAUGAUUUCACGUUCAGGAAUACUUUCGUCGUGCGAACCGGAAAGGCUCUCGCGAGAGACUUCUCACAAACGGAAGAUGUAGAUGUGCCCGGCUUAAGUGGUAACGGGGUGGGAUGGUCGUUCAACAAAAGUGUCAGCGCAGCUGGUGUUCUUGAAGCUGCUGUCUAUACAACACGGAUACGUGAAGCAGACCUUUCAAGUAGUUACAGCCCUGGCAACGGAGAUUUCUCAGAAGAAGCCCAAAGCAUGACCCAUUCGAUUAUUCAGUUGAUACCAAUCCAGACGAAACCAGACUCUUUCCUGAAACGGCUUGAGUUUUCUGCAAAAGAUCUAGAUCGCAUGUUAGGCGGCGAAAGUCAUCACGUGGAUGUAACGCGUCUUGUCGACGUGCGCGACAACGAAUUCGUCAUAUCGAACCCAAAGUCUGGUGCUUUCGAGCUGCAGCAAGUGAUUAGUGACAUCCUGGCCUUUUAUGUGGACCUUCGCCUAAUCAGUGACCUCAUUACCGUCAUUGUGGGCGCGGCAUCUGGGGCAAUCAUAAGUAGCUUACUCGGGCAGCCGGUAAGCACUGGCUAUCUCGUUGCCGGUUCAUGUGUCGGUCCUGGGGGCAUGGGUUUAGUCAUAGAGCUUGUACAGGUCGAGACCUUGGCUCAGUUUGGAGUCAUAUUCCUCCUAUUUACGCUUGGACUCGAGCUCUCCUUCUCCAAGUUGCACUAUGUUCAAGCAGUUUCGCUUGCGGGAGGUAGUCUUGAAAUCUGGCUAAUGAUUUUUGUAUGUGGGGUUUUGGCAGAUUUUAUUGGCGCUCCACUGUCUGAAGGCAUCUUUAUCGGGGCUUUCCUUUCAAUGUCAUCGACCGCCGUGGUGGUCCAGUGUAUUGUGGAGCGAAAAAUUAUUCGAUCCACGUCCGGACAGAUUACAGUAGGAACUCUCAUUUUGCAGGACUGCACAAUUGGGUUACUAUUUGCUUUACUUCCUAUCCUCGGUGGUAGCCAUGGCAUCAUGGAAGGCACCGUUUCGUUGUUGCGAACGGGCACGGCAACUAUCAUUUUCACCUGUGCAAUUUCUAUAUGCCGCACACAUGUCCGCGCUAUUUUUUAUCUGGUCUCAAACUCAAAGCACUGCAGGGAGCUACAUCAAAUGGUUGCUAUGGCAUUUUGUCUGACCGUUGCAUGGACGAGCGAACACUUGGGAUUAAGCAUUGAGCUCGGCGCGUUUUUCGCCGGCCUAACGAUUAGCUUGACCCCUUUUGCUGAACGGACGCUGCAUAAUAUUGAGCCUGUUCGAAACGUUUUCGCAGCUCUGUUCUUGGCAUCGAUAGGUAUUGUGAUGAACCCGACAUUUCUCUGGUUACACUUCGAUGUCCUUUUCGCUACUCUCUUCGUUGUGGUCUUUUAUAAGUGCUCAUUAAUUGCACUUGUGGUGAGAGCUUUUGGAUACACUGCCCAAACUUCCCUCGCAGUUGGAUUCUCCAUGGCUCAAGUAGGAGAGUUCUCAUUCGUCCUGUUGGCCCGUGCAUCUAAUCUUGGGCUUGUUCAACGGAAGCUUUACUUCCUCUUACAGGGGACAACUGCAUUAUCCAUGAUUGUUUCGCCUUGUCUCUUCCGCUGUACACAUUUUUUUUAG